AUGCUCGUCCGCGUCCUGCUGCUUUGUGCGGCCCUGGCGCUCAGCUACGCAGCUAAUCCUUGCUGUUCCAACCCAUGUCAAAACCGAGGUGUAUGUAUGACCACAGGAUUUGACCAGUAUAAAUGUGAUUGCACCCGGACAGGAUUUUAUGGUGAAAACUGUUCAACACCUGAAUUUCUCACAAGAAUAAAAUUAUUACUGAAACCUAAUCCAAACACAGUGCACUACAUUCUUACCCACUUCAAGGGAGUUUGGAACAUUGUUAAUAACAUUCCCUUUCUGCGAAAUGCCAUUAUGAGAUAUGUAUUGACUUCAAGAUCACAUUUGAUUGAGAGUCCACCAACUUAUAAUGUUCACUAUGGCUACAAAAGCUGGGAAGCCUAUUCUAACCUCUCCUAUUAUACCAGAGCCCUUCCUCCUGUCCCUCAUGACUGCCCCACUCCUGUGGGGGUAAAAGGGAAGAAAGAGCUUCCAAACUCAAAAGAGAUUGUGGAAAAAUUUCUCCUGAGAAGAAAGUUUAUCCCUGAUCCCCAGGGCACAAACAUGAUGUUUGCAUUCUUUGCCCAGCACUUCACCCAUCAGUUUUUCAAGACAGAUCAUAAACGUGGACCAGCUUUCACCAAAGGACUAGGCCAUGGGGUGGAUUUAAAUCAUGUUUAUGGUGAAACUCUAGACAGACAACAUAAACUACGUCUUUUCAAGGAUGGAAAACUGAAAUAUCAGAUCAUUGAUGGAGAGAUGUAUCCUCCCACAGUCAAAGAUACUCAGGCAGAGAUGAUCUACCCCCCUCAUGUCCCUGAGCACCUUCAGUUUGCUGUGGGGCAAGAGGUCUUUGGUCUGGUGCCUGGUCUGAUGAUGUAUGCAACAAUUUGGCUUCGGGAACAUAACAGAGUAUGUGAUGUGCUUAAACAAGAACAUCCAGAAUGGGAUGAUGAGCGUUUGUUCCAGACAAGCAGACUAAUACUGAUAGGAGAGACUAUUAAAAUUGUGAUUGAAGACUAUGUGCAACACUUGAGCGGUUAUUACUUUAAACUGAAAUUUGACCCAGAGCUGCUUUUCAACCAAGAUUUCCAGUACCAAAACCGUAUUGCAGCUGAAUUUAAUACACUGUACCAUUGGCAUCCUCUUCUGCCUGACAACUUUCAAAUUAAUAACCAGGAGUACAACUAUCAACAAUUUAUCUACAACAACUCUGUUUUGGUGGAGCAUGGACUUACUCAUUUUGUUGAAUCAUUCACCAGGCAAAUUGCUGGCAGGGUUGCUGGUGGCAGGAAUGUUGCACCUGCAGUACAAAAAGUAGCACAGGCUUCUAUUGACCAGAGCAGAGAGAUGAAAUACCAGUCUCUUAAUGAGUAUCGCAAACGCUUUAUGAUGAGGCCCUAUUCAUCAUUCGAAGACCUUACUGGAGAGAAGGAAAUGGCAGCAGAGUUAGAGGCACUGUAUGGUGAUAUUGAUGCUAUGGAGUUAUACCCUGCCCUUCUGGUUGAAAAGCCUCGUCCAGAUGCCAUUUUUGGUGAGACUAUGGUAGAACUAGGAGCACCGUUCUCCUUGAAAGGACUCAUGGGUAAUCCUAUCUGUUCUCCUAACUACUGGAAGCCUAGCACUUUUGGUGGAGAAGUAGGUUUUAAAAUCCUCAACACAGCCUCAAUACAGUCUCUCAUCUGCAAUAACGUGAAAGGCUGUCCUUAUACUGCAUUCAGUGUUCCAGAUCCACAGCUCACCAAAACAGUCAUCAUCAAUGCAAGUUCUUCCCACUCCAGACUAGGUGAUAUCAACCAUGCAGUACUGUUAAAAGAACGGUCUACUGAAUUAUAG